UGUCUGCCUUCCUGCCUCCAUUCUCCCCUCCCUUCCUUCCCCUCAUUCCUCAGCCUGCCUGCCUGCCUGCCUGCCUGCCUGCCUGCCUGCCUAUCUGUCUGUCUAUCUAUCUAUCUAUCUAUCUAUCUAUCUAUCUAUCUAUCUAUCUAUCUAUCCGCUAUAGUAUCUCGUCUGGCAUAAUAAUAAAAGCGUUGAGACUUCUGCCUGGAUGGGAGAAAACAGGAAGGGCCAUUUUCUGCAACCUGGUCCUUACGACGCCCAUCAUCCCUUCCCUCACCAGGGCCAGUCUCUGUACGAGCAGAAGGUUUACCUGGAUGCCCUCGACUCCUUCACUCACGCCUGCGAGCUCCAGCCUCAGAGCACGCUUUACCGCAUGAGGAGCCUCCUCCUCCUUUUUUCGCCGGCCAGCAUCGCCUGCCUGGCUGCCAUGAACCGAUUCAACGAUUGCCUUCAGAUGGUCAACGAGGAGGUGGAGCUCGAGAAGAACAACGCCGACCUCUUCGUCCUGCGGGCUCGUCUCUUCGAAUAUUUUGGGAAGGCGAGCUGCUGUUUUUGCAACGUCCAAGAGGCCCUCGCGUUGGAUCCAGACCACGUGGAAGCCUGUCUUCUCUUGAAGAAGAUGACCAAAGAGGCAGAGAGGUCUAAAGAUUGCGCGGUGAGCUUGGCUAUCAAGGGCAACCUGAAAGGUGCUUUGCUGAAGAUCAAUCGAGCCAUCAACUACAACCCCUUGGAUGAAAAGUAUUUCCUCUUCAGAGGCACCCUCCUGCGCAGGCUGAAGGACUUCAGCGCGGCCAUUGACGACUACCUGAAGGCCGUCGAGCUGUGCCGUGCCGACGAGGCCAGCGAGGUGCGUAGCGAGGCUGAGAAGCAGGUGCUCCUGAGCUACAACGACUUUGCCGUCCACUGUUACUUCAAGGGCUGCUACGAAGAGGCGGUGCUGCUGCUCAACAAGGCGAUCAAAGGGGAGAAGAACGAGUUCGGCCUCUACAUCAACCGAGGGGACUGUUUCCUGAAACUGGGCCAGCUGAAUUUUGCCAUGGCGGAUUAUCAACAAGCUUUAGAGCUGCGUCCUUUAGAUCCCAAACUCCGGCGUCGCAUCGCUUGGCUCUCCAACGAGACCGGAUUGCAAGACUUCCGCGGAAACUUUGUGUGUGUUUUCAGGCAGUAUUUGCAGGCUGAAACGCAUUUCUCCUCUGCCGUGGACAACGAUCCCUGGGAAGUGAAGUAUUAUCUGAACAGGGCGAAGACUCGCGUGUUCCUGCAGGAGUUCCUGGGAGCUAAAGAAGACAUGAUCAGCGCCCUGCUGCUGAACCCCAACAAGGAGGAGGUCCGAGUCUUGAUGGGCAACCUCUUUCCGGGAGAGAGCGCAGAAUCCCUGCUCAACAGCAAAGUUGGAGAUUUGACCAAAGCUCUCCUGGAUCGAAAGCUGAAAUCUUUCCCCGGGGGAAAAGCCUUGCAGAGGCCUCUGAAAUCUGCAGGAUCCGAACCCCUGAUCAACGUGUACGUUCAGAUUGAGGACCAAAACUCUGAGACGUCGCUGGCCAAGGAGAAGGAGGAGGUUUCGGAAGAAAAAAAGCUGCAGAAGAAACUAUCUGAAUGUCAGCAAAAGUCACACCAGGCAAACGAAGAGCUGAAGGAUGCUUAUCAAAAUAAACCAGCGCUGGAAUCCAAAACUGUCUGGAUAGACCCCUGCCCUCGUCCGCCCCCCAAGGAUUGCCCCAAGGAACCGUACUGCUGGAGGAAAUUCUAAGAAAAGGCGUCGGUCCGUUUUAGGCCUGUCCGAAGCAUCGGCCUUGGGACGGAAACCCCUCUCUCCCCCCCUUCUUCUUGCUUUUCUCCCCAAAAUAUCCCAAAUUCCUAGUGAGUCAAACAAACCGGAUUUCUCCUGCUUGCCAGUUCAAAAACCCCACGAACUAUCUGGAUUCACCCUUAAAAGAGUUAGGAUCCCUUGGCCAGAUUUUGCUCGGCUAAGAGGCUUCGUUUCUGUAACCAAAACCCCAAAAUCUUGGAAAGGGCUGGGGUGUGUGUGAUGCCAUCCUUCCUUCCCUUUGGGGCCCUGAGUGACUUGUGGCAGACCCCCCGUUAAAAGUCUACCCAGUGAGAAAAAGCAGUUAGCACCAGAAUAAAUCUUUUCCCCGUAAUAAUUGCUUGAACUAUCGGAAAUCUGCAAGCUCACUUCUGUUGCAUUUUUUUUUUCUAGACUCUGGAAAAAGACUUGAUAUAUAAAGUUGCCUGCUUUUCCUGCUUUUUAUUUAAAUAAAGCAACCUUUUGAAGACCUUCA